AUGGAUUAUAGCCUCGCGGCGCCAAAGCUCUUGGUCAGCGAUCUCGCAAGGGCGAGCACGGGCGCUAGCGCGGCAAGAUCUCCCAUCACCACCAUUGGAGCUCUUCGAUUUCAGCGUGUCUGGAUCCAGGGCGUGAUCGUAGAUUGGAGAGGAAAUUCCUUGGCUCUCGACGAUGGCAGCGCGAUUGUGGAGCUACAUUUCCCGGAUGCCGAGGAUAAGCGCUCGUCAAAACCUGGUGAGCUUGUUCUACGUGCUCUUGGAGUUUUACUUGGAUUUUUUUUACCAGGCAUGUACAUGCUCAUAGCCGGGGCUUACAAUCCAGCAGAGAAGAAGAUCACGGUUCACAAGCUCGUGGAUCUCUCCUCCUCGCCCAACGCCGAGUCCUUCUGGAGCUUCGAAGUGAUCGAAGCAUACCAUAUGUUUUAUAAAAGCCAAAUGGACGAACCAACCUGA